AUGGACAAUAUAGCUCCGUCGCAAAACUACUAUUCAACUACCAAUUACAUGCAGGCGACAUACGAGCUUCAACACAGCUUGGCCUAUAGCGGUCCUGUCCACAACCCCGCAAGAUAUCCUGGUACCCAGCACCAUAACACCGCACAGGGAGGUGUCGAAUUCUGGUGUACUCCGGUUACAGAUGCAAAUUACUCGCCAUCCUAUCCACAACAAAUGCAGUGUCUAGAUGGCUAUACUCCUUAUCCGUCCCAAUACGCCUCGCCUAAUUCAGACGCAUCCUCUAGCUCCCACCAUGAGUCGUCCUCCUACCGCCGUGAAGUGUCCCACCCUGAUCCAUCCUCCUAUUGUCCUGAAUCGUAUCAUGGCCCGCGAGCACAACGCGAGCCGCAACCUUUAACUUCAGCUGAAAUGUCUUCAUAUCCCAGUAUAAGUCAUGGAGGCAAUAUAAGUCAUCCUUCAUAUCGUCAACCAUCCAUCCAACCACAUGAAGAUCUGCCUCACCGUAAUUCACGUUCUCGCCAGAACUCUCGGCGUCGUAGUAGAUCUCAUACCCACGGAACUCACCAUUCGCCGUCCAAUAUAUUCUCUUGUGGCUGGCUUGUCGGAGAAAACAAGACUUGUGGAUUUGAAGGGCCGUUGGGUGCAUUCCAGACGCAUUUCAGGAGCAGUCAUCUUUCAGGGGCUCAAAAUGCGCCAAAUGUAUGUCGUUGGCGAGGUUGCGAAUACCGGAAACGCAGCAAUGCAGCCAUUCAGAACAUGCGGCGCGACACUGCGUUGCGUCACGUCCGAGAGACCCAUCUCGGGAUCAAGAGGAACUGA